CACUCGCUCGCCACACAGGCAACCACAUGCAACAUGGCAAGUAGAAAAGUGCGAAUAUUUAUCGGCCAAGUAAUUGGAACAAAAAUGAAGAAAACCGCAAAAGUUGCAGUUCAACGAUUAGUUCUUGAUAACUAUAUAUUACAGUACUUUCCAGAAAAAAUGACAGCUUUUGCUCAUGACCCACAUGAAGAGGCUAAUGAAGGUGAUAUCGUGCUUAUCGAAGAACUGCCUGUCAAGCGAUCCAAAUUUGUAAAAUACCGUCUGGAUAAAGUUAUACAUAGACUCGGUAAUGUGGUCGAUCCAUUUAGUGGAAGAAAAUGUGAUUCAUAUUCAUACUGGAACGAUAAACCAGGUCAUGAAAAUUCAUUACAUGAUGCUGUAGAAUAUGAACCAGGUCAUCAAAAUUCAUCACAUCAUGCUGUAGAAUCCAAGCAAGAGGUAUCCGAUGGAACACCUGUCUGAAUUGUCUUACUGUACUCAAAAAUGUAUUUUAAAGUUCUAUUAAUCAAUAGAGACUGUAGAUAUUGUUCUGACAACCUUGCACAAAUCUGAGGUGCUGAUUGAAGGAGCUGGCUUGACCCUAAUCUUACAUUUCAGUCUUGCUAUCUUAAUCCACUAUUAUGGCAUGUUGGAGGAAUAUCCAUAAUGUUCAAAUAUAUUCCACUGCUAAAAUACACUAAUGAAUACAACUUGAUGAUAUUGAUAUUUAUAGCAUUGGAAAGAAAUACUGUAAUAAUUCGGACACUGCUUUAGAUUACUGACUAAACAAGACAGUAAUGUAUUAAGAUGUCAUGCUUGCUUUGCACCUGUUACAGAAUGUGUUUUCUACUCUGUAAAAGACAUUUACUGUGUACCAGUUGGCUAAAUUAAUAGGGAAAUGGGUCAGAAAAUCCUGCCCAAAUUACAGAAGUCUCCAGUUCUUUUUUUGCCUAAAUAUCUGGUAAUAUGCAUGGUUAUACUAUACAGUAUUUUAAUUGAAGAAUUAAACAAUUUAGGAUUGAUGGAAUGUAAGAAAAUUAUGGAAAUACUGUGGGUCUCCCAAAUAAAGACCAUUUUUGUGACUGGGAUCUCCAUGGUCUUCAUCAGUUUUGGUCUCUAAUUAGAAUA